UGACGAAGCUAUGGAAGAAGCGGUUCAUCGUGGACGACGCCCCGGCGCUCGCCAUCAACCGCCUCUUCGCUAUGACGCAAGGCAACACAUCGACACGCGACUGUCUCACGGAAUGGCAAAAGAUCGCGGCGACGCCGGAUCUCGAAUUGCCAUUUUCUCAUCUGCGUCGGGAGUUCUACAACCGGUCAUGUGCCGCCUUGAGCCUUGCACUUGGUGAUCGUGAGCAAUACACGACCUUCGCCGAAAUCAUCGACAAGGCAAGGGAGAUCAUCAAGACCAAUAGGGCGGCUCCACACGAGAAGUCGGCAUGGCAGCCAACCUAUGUGGAGAAAGGUAAAUUUGGUCCGCGUCAGCAGCAUGUCGCUGCAGUCCACACGGACAACAUUGUGGAAGACCCAGCAGUCACCCAAGCAUCACGUGAGGGAGAUCAGGUGGCUGCUGUCCAGCCGCGAAGCAACAACAACUCCCGAGGAAAAGGGAAGGCGAAAACCGCAUCGCCGGCUGGAAACGGACAACCAGCACCAUGGGAUUACUUGCACACUGCAGUACCAACUCCGUUGAUGGACGCCGGAGUCGAGGUUGUUGACCUUCACGCCUAUAUUGCGAAGAUCGACCGCGAGUUCAAGACACAACGCUGCCACGUGGUGUCCGCCGCAAGCAUUCGAGCUUCCAUCAUCCGGGAUGACAUCGCGGAGAUGGGGGUGUGUUUUCUCCAAGCCCUCCCGCCCCAAGACAUUCCAUCGACGGACUCACCACCGGACCCACGCAUCACCGAGCUUCUCGACGCCUACGGUGACGUGUUCGAAACACCACACAGAGUAGUACCGGAUCGGCCCAUCCGCCACGAGAUUAUCCUCGAGAACGGGGCCGUACCUCCGCGUGGUUGCAUCUACCGCAUGAGCGAGGAAGAGUUAAGUGUGCUAAGGGCACAACUCGACGAUCUUCUCGAGAAAGGUUGGAUUCAGCCUAGCUCUUCGCCAUACGGUGCUCCCGUUCCCUUCGUCCGGAAGAAGAACAAGGAGUUGCACUUGUGCAUCGAUUAUCGCAAGCUCAAUGCGCAAACCGUCAAGAAUGCCGGCCCUCUUCCGCCCAUCGACGACCUCCUCGAACGACUGGGCGGCGCCAAGUUCUUCUCCAAGCUUGACCUCAAAUCGGGAUAUCACCAACUCGAGAUCCGGCAGGAGGACCGCUACAAGACCGCGUUUAAGAUGCGAUAUGGGCAUUGCGAAUGGCUGGUUAUGCCUUUUGGCCUUACGAAUGCCCCGGCCACAUUCCAAGCGGCUAUGACAACGGAGUUCCGACACAUGCUGGAUAGAUUCGUACUCAUCUACCUCGACGACAUCUUGGUGUACAGCCGGAGUUUGGACGAGCAUGUGGAGCACCUGCGCACCGUUUUGGAGCGGCUACGACAAGCCAAGUACAAAGCCAACCGCGACAAAUGCGAAUUCGCACGACAAGAGCUGGAGUACUUGGGACAUUAUGUGACGCCGCAAGGCAUCCGUCCGCUUGCGGACAAGAUCGAGGCCAUCCGCAUAUGGCCCGAGCCCACCAACAUCACGGACGUUCGCUCAUUCAUGGGGUUGGAAGGCUACUAUCAACGCUUCAUCAUCGGGUACUCAAGGAUUGCCGCACCUAUGACGAGAUUACAAUCGCCAAAGGUGCCAUUCGUAUUCGAUGACGCCGCACGCUGGUCAUUCCAAGCACUCAAGAUGGCCAUGCUCAUGGCACCCAUCCUUAGCAUCUACGACCCCACCCUGUCAACGAGAGUGACAAUCGACGCUUCCGGCUAUGGCAUUGAGGCAGUCUUGGAAUAACAUGACGGCAGCGACUGGCACCCUAUGGAGUAUUUCAGCCACAAAGUGCCUCCCAUCAAUUCACUUGAUGAUGCAAGGAAGAA